AUGGCGGCUCAACUCCUUAAGCGUUUUCCCCUCACAUCCCAAGCUCGCAAAUCCUCGUCUGUUUUCUGUUACUCUUCAUCACCAUCGUCAUCCGAUGAGGCCCCCACCACUGCCGUAACCACCGCCGUUUCUAUCCUCACCCACCGCCGUUCCAAGUCUCGCUGGAGCUACCUCCGUUCUCUCUACCCCGAUGGCUUCGAUCCCGACGAUUUUUCUCAAAUUACCCUUCACCUUAGGAACAGACCGCAUCUCGCAUACCAGUUUUUUCGCUUUAGCAAAUCCCUCUGCAACCACAACCUCGCGUCUUAUUCCACAAUCAUCCACAUUCUUGCUCGUGGCCGUCUCAAGUCACAUGCCCAGGACAUAAUUCGUAUGGCUAUUCGAGCGUCCGAAUUGCGGGAGGACGAUGACGGAAAUAAUCCCAGGUCGACAUCAUUAAAGGUAUUCGAGAAUCUAGUGAAGACUUAUAAAGAUUGUGGUUCUGCUCCAUUUGUGUUCGAUUUGUUGAUCAAAGCUUGUUUGGGAUCAAAAAAUAUUGACCCUUCAAUUGAAAUCAUGAGAUUGUUACGGUCCCGUGGGAUUAGCCUGAAUGUCAGUACCUUGAAUUCUCUGAUUUACUGCGUUUGCCAAUCUCGAGGGGUUGAAGCAGGAUAUGAAAUUUACAGAGAGGUCUUUCGGUUAGAUGAGCAAAGCGAGAAAGAUUUGAAGAGGGAUAUUAGAGUUACCCCAAAUGUUUAUACUUAUCACACAUUAAUGUUAUGCUGCUAUCGAAACGGUUUGAUUGAGAAGGUGAAAAAGAUUUGGGACGAAAUGGUUGAAUUGAACUGUGUUCCCAAUGCUUAUAGCUAUACUGUAUUGAUGGCUGUAUUUUGUGGAGAAGGGAAAAUGGAAGAAGCAGAGAAGUUGUGGCAAGAAAUGAGAACUAAAGCCUUGGAGCCUGAUGCAGUGAGUUAUGAAACCAUGAUUGGUGGAUUUUGCAAGACUGGAAAUGUUGGGAGGGCUGAAGAGUUUUACAGAGAAAUGGCAAUGAAUGGUAUAGAAGGUACAUCUGCAACAUAUGAGCACAUCAUCAAGGGACACUGUGAUAUAGGAGACAUCGAUUCAGCAAUUCUUGUUUAUAAAGAUAUGUGCAGGAAGGCUUUUAAGCCAGAAGCUUUAACUCUUGACUUGAUGAUUAGGCUGCUUUGUGACAAGGGUAGGGUUGAUGAAGCAUUAGAGUUUCUGAGAUAUGCAAUGGAUAAAUUUGAUUUGUUUCCCAAGGAAACGAGUUAUGAGGCCAUGAUAAAGAGGCUAUGUUAUGAGGGAAGGAUGGAAGAAGCAUUGAAGCUUCAGGCAGAGAUGAUAGGAAAAGGGUUUCAAUUAGAUUCAGAGAUAUAUGGUGCUUUCAUUGAUGGGUAUAUGAGACAGGGGAACGAGGAAAUGGCUGGAGCUUUAAGGAAAGAGAUGCUGCAAAUUCAGAUGCGGAGCUAA